UAUCUUGUGACAGCAUGAUUGCACUAGCUUUCGAUUUAACAACGUAAAUUUAAGUCAGAAAAUAUUUUGUAUAUAUUUUGAUUCUACAGUAAUAUAGUGAUAUCUAAGAAAUGAUGUUCGCUGAUUUUUUAAUAAUGUAAUGUAAUAAGAAAAAAAUAAAAUUUAUUGAGAAAUAACUAUUUCGUUCUAAGAAGGUCAAAUGAAUUCAGAUCUUCACAGUCUCAUGGUAUGUUAUAAGCGCAGAAAGGAUGAUUUAAAAGAAACCAUGUUGCGUCCUACUUUUAUUCUCCUGUUUGGCUUAAUUCCCUUGGUUUAUGGACAAUUAAUUAUUGGCUUUUGUCCACCUCUGUCCAAUUAUGUGAAAGAUCUUGAUUUUGAGAAGUAUUCCGGACAAUGGUAUGUGAUUGCCCAGAGUCACUUUCAUCCAAUGCAGGCACUGAACUGCCAACGAGUAACAUAUACAGCGCAAAGAAAUGGAAUGAGUGUUACCUUUAACACGUCUAAGAAAUACGAGCGUCACCAAAGAUACAAAAAUGGAACAUUGAAACAAGAAGGCGACAAUAAAGGAGAAAUGAAACUAAGAUUAAACGAAUUUCCUACUCGGUUUGACUUCCGAGUGCUGCAUGUAAAUUAUUCACAAGUGGCAGUUGAAUAUACUUGUUUGCCCGGGGCUAUAAGUUAUACUGCUACUAUUUCCAUACUUCACCGUCAACCUGUUGCUUUGGGAGAGCUAAACGAGGGUUUGAAGCGACUUAAUCUGACUCAUGUGAUUCCAGAUUCGCUUAAAAGGUCCAUUCGCUUGGUAAAUCAAACUCAUUGUGAAGACUAAAUUGUUUAAAUACAAGAUACUGGAUGACAUUAUGUCUGUUUUAGAUUCAUUGGAUGUCAGGAAUUUUUGUGUGUCUUUGUAAUAUUUUGAAAAAUAUCUGGCUUUAAAAUAUUUUGGUCAGAUUUCUUAUAAAAUAUCAAAACAACUCAAAAAUGCUAAUAAAUUAUAAAUUCUUAUUAA